AUGACCUCUCCGAUCACUUGCCAUGUCCUCAACACGCUGUCUGGGACGCCUGCGGCUGGCCUCAAAGCCAUAUUGACCCUGCUGUCGUCUAACAAUAACACAUCUUCCCAACCUGCAGUGAGCUUCGCUGCCGUUACAAAUGAAGACGGACGCGUCAAAGAGUGGGAGAAAUCUGCCGGCAGGAGUGUGUCGGAUGUUCUGGAGGGGUACAGCCACGGAGAGCGAAUCGCUUGGAGUAUCAAGUUCGAGGUCGGUCCAUGGUAUGAAGAGAAGGGCGUCGAGAGCUUUUGGCCCGAGGUCGAAGUCAAAUUCUAUGUUAAAAAGGGCGAGCGGCAUUACCAUGUGCCCGUAUUGGUCGGUCCGUGGACCUAUACAACCUACAGAGGAUCUUGA